GAAAUCCCACCAGUCCCUGAAACUAGUGAAGCAAUAGAACCAAUAUCAUUUAUUGCUCUCUUUAGGAACAACAGAACAUUUAAAGGAAUCAAGAAUGAAGAUUUUCAUCUAUGGCAAUUAACUUCUGAUCUUUCCAAGGAAUUAAUUAGAUUAGUAUCGAUUGGGAACCUAGAAGCUGCAGUUAGUUUACUGCUCUCCACACCUCCAGAGAGUUCGUAUUUCUAUGCAAAUGCAUUGCGUGCCGUUGCCCUUUCUUCAGCUGUAUCAACGUCUUUACUUGAGCUAGCCGUGAAGGUUGUUGCUGCCAAUAUGGUGAGAACAGACCGGUCCUUGUCUGGAACACAUCUUCUUUGUGCUGUUGGCAGGUAUCAAGAAGCUUGUUCUCAGGUAGUGAUCGCUAUAUAUUCUCUUUUUUUAGUGAUCUUGAUGUUGCCUUGAACAUUAAUUGACUGA